GGAGGCGUCCCUGGCGCCAUUGCCCGCCGUCAGAGCGCCGCCGGCUCCCAGCUCGCCCUCGGCUGCUCUCCCUGGUCGGGAGAAGCCCUAGCUUGCGGCCGUCGCCAGCCCUCCGCUGGGUCUUUUGAAUCGGGUGUCCCGACUGCCGCCCCCGCUGGGCCGAGACCAUGUUUGACAAGACGCGGCUGCCGUACGUGGCCCUCGAUGUGCUCUGCGUGUUGCUGGCUUCCAUGCCUAUGGCUGUUCUAAAUUUGGGCCAAAUAUAUCCAUUUCAGAGAGGCUUUUUCUGUAAAGACAACAGCAUCCAGUACCCGUACCAUGACAGUACCGUCACAAGCACUGUCCUCAACACAGUGGGGCUUGGUUUACCCAUUUCCUCUAUGAUUAUUGGAGAAACCCUGUCUGUUUACUUUAACCUCUUGCACUCAAAUUCCUUUAUCAGGAAUAACUACAUAGCCACUAUUUACAAAGCCAUUGGAACAUUUUUAUUUGGUGCUGCUGCUAGUCAGUCCCUGACUGACAUUGCCAAGUAUUCAAUAGGCAGAUUGCGGCCUCACUUCUUGGAUGUUUGUGACCCAGAUUGGUCAAAAGUCAACUGCAGUGAUGGUUACAUUGAAAACUACAUAUGUCGAGGGAAUGCACAAAAAGUGAAGGAGGGCAGAUUGUCCUUUUACUCGGGCCACUCUUCAUUCUCUAUGUACUGCAUGCUGUUCGUGGCACUUUAUCUUCAAGCCAGGAUGAAGGGAGACUGGGCAAGACUCUUGCGCCCCACACUGCAAUUUGGUCUUGUUGCUGUAUCCAUUUACGUGGGCCUGUCUCGAGUUUCUGAUUACAAACACCACUGGAGUGAUGUGCUGACUGGACUUAUUCAGGGAGCUCUGGUUGCAAUACUAGUUACAGUGUAUGUAUCAGAUUUCUUCAAGGAGAGAAAUUCACCUUUUAAAGAAAGAAAAGAGGAGGACUCUCAUACAACUCUGCAUGAAACACCAACAACGGGGAAUCACUAUCGGAACAAUCACCAGCCUUGAAGGUGGCCAAGUGCCCAGAAGAAGCUGACCCGCUUUCUUAAGGAAAACAAUUGCAACCAGAAGGCAAGAGGAUGCAUCUUUCUCCCCAUUGUACGAGCCUUUAUGGGACUGCUGCUACUAUACCUCUUGGUUGCCCACUUUACCUGUGUGUAUAGUUACAUUUAACACAAUUUUCUAAUAUAGAUCUGUUCAUUAAAAAAAAGUCAAGCCUUUCACUAAAGCAAUGCCCCACCUGUACAUUUUUUUAUUAAAAAAAAUGUGAUGCUUAUGUACAAAUGUGUAUGUAAUAUGCUCUUUUAGAAUGAUGCUUGAUUUAAAUAUAAUACAUAUUAAAAUGUUUGAGGACAACUGUCUUGAGAUGGGAGAACCAAAUCCAUACUUGUAAGCAUUUGUAAUCAACUGUAAUCAGACAGGUGGUGAACAGUUUAAAAUCCGGCAUUCCGUUAGCUGACUCUAUAAGUAGAGGCUGGCAGCAAACACAAUGUCUCUCUUGAUUUUGGUGAUUCCUGAGAGGAAAGAAAUGUAGUUUAAAUUUUCAAGGCCACAAAUAAGGCAAUUCCCCCAAACAGUACAACAAUCCUGAUUAAAUUGGUAAGAGAGCAGCCUGGAAAAUACAAAACCUUGCUGGUCUGAAAGAUACAUACUGCUGAAGAGGUGGGAAACUGAGAAAUUCAGAGAGAGAGAGAGAGAGAGAGAGAGAGUGUGUGUAUGUGGAAGGGCUAAGCUGUCAAAAGAACUUAGUUGAACCAAAAAUCAUGAACUUUCAACCUAUGCUGGAAGAUGCUGUAUUUUCAGUUACCAUGUCUAUGAAAUUCUUUCUGGACUAAGGUAGGACAAACAUAAAUUUAUUUUAAAAGUUUACAUAACUAGACUUAAACCGUGAAUGAUUAAGUAUGUCUGCCUUUAUCCACAAUGUGGUAAAAUAAGCCAGUUUCUGCAAACCUCUCAGCACACUAAGUUAGUGGAAAUCACUAGGGAAGACUGUGUGCAGCCAGCUCAGAGCAACAAUGUGGCUGCUAUUCUUUGAUGCUUGAACUUGUCCUUUUCUUGGCCACUAUUCAGAUGAAACAAACUAUGUGCAAAUGUGCUUCUGUGUGUAACUCCCCCGCCUGCAUCACUCCUGCCUUGGUCUAUCCCUCCUUUCCUUAGUUUUCCUGCUUCUACUUUGCUACUCUACAGGCUGCCUACAAUGCAACACUAAGAGCCGCUUUGUACAACCCAGGUCAGAGCACACUACUCCGUGCCCCAAAUCUCUGUUUCAGAUCCUUUCUUUUCCUCCCUCCACCUGCUACCCUCACUGCUCACCGCUCCAGCCACUCCGGCCUCACUGUUGCCCUAGUACGUCAAGGCCUAUAAAAGGCCUAACCGCAACUUCUCAGUAGGGGCCCCACAGCCUCGUCGUCUAUCCCCCAACUCCUUAUUUUGAUUUUUUUUUUCUGUAGACUUACCACCACCUGAUAUAUUUUAAUUGUUUACUUGUUUAUUGUACAUCUUCCUGCACUAGAAUGUAAGCUCCAAAAAGGCAGGCAUUUGUGCCUUCUGGUUUACUGCUGUAUAUCCUCUACUACUUAAAACAAUACCUGGCACAUAGUAAGUGCACAAUAAAUACCUGUAAAUGAAUUUAUAUAAAAUCUCAAAACUUCUUCCCA